AUGACGAGUACUCUCGCAAUCCUUUGUGCAUUGUUGGCUCUCACCAUCAUGAUGGACAUGUCUGUCAUGUCUGCUCCUACAAAUCCUCAAGCUGAUCGUACUUUAAGCAAACGUACAAUCACAUCUUUCGAUCCAUUAAAACAUACAGUCGAUCAGCGCUCUGUGAUUAUCACGAGUCCGACUGAAGAAGAUCCAUGGGAAAGUCGUGAUAGUGGUCCAGGCUGCGAUGGUUCUAUCAAGUGCAAACGUUCCAAACAAGAAACUGUUAAAGAGGAAAAGCGUUCUGUAAUUGAAGUCAAGGACAAUGCAUUUGUCAGUCGUGAUAGCGGUCCAGGUUGCGAUGGUGCUGUCAAGUGCAAACGUUCCGAACAAGAAACUGGUAAAGAGGAAAAGCGCUCUGAAGAAGUAAUUUGUAGUACCCAAAAGCGCUCAACAAGUCCAAGUGAUUCGCUCGAAGCUCUAAACAUACUUGAAUUUUUUUCUGAUGAACAACAACAGCCUUUUGAACACCAAUGGGCUUCCUAA